UGAACGUCAGAUGUAUUCCGGGAAGUGGAAAAUAAAGGCCGAGCUGAGCAUGGAAACGUUCUUGAGCUGAGAUUGAAUAGUCGCCAGCCGCUCCCUAGUUUCCUUUGCUUUGUGCUUUGUUCACGCUGCAAUUUCAAUGCUGUGAGCAACGAAAUUCUUAGGCUAGGCAUUUUCUGUCAGCAGGUUAUUCAAUUUCCGAUAACGGAGAGUAAUCCAAUCCCAAUCAGAGUUUGAACCGGCUCAAAGGUCGGCGGGAUAAGUUCGUUGAGAAACGAGGAUAAUGGAUUUAAAGGAAGGAGGAAGGGUCCUAGCGUCCCAUAUCAAUAUGCUGUUCGGCAAUAAGGAGCCCUGGCAGAUCGCAGCCAUCACAACUUCAACCAUUCUCAGCCUGUUCUGGCUGUGGGACCUAAUCAACCAAGAUGAGGAUCUUUACAUCAGAGCAAAGAAGAAAUUCUUCAAACUUUCCCGAAAGAUUCCCUACGUCCAGAAAAAGAUCGACGAAGAAAUAGGCAAGAUCGCGAAAGGUUUCGAGGAAGAUAUCCAAAAGAGCAACGAAGGACUCGAUUAUUAUCUCGACCUCCCACCCAAAGGUCUUACCAGAGGCGAAGUAAUGGACGUCUUCGAAAAAUAUUCAAAUCUGGGCCAUUACAAUUGGAAAAGCGGAAAGGUUUCGGGAGCAGUUUACGAUUUCGACGAGAACAUAGUCAACUUGGUAACCGAGGUCUACGGCAAGGCUUCGUACACAAACCCGCUGCACGCUGACGUUUUCCCUGGGAUUUGUAAAAUGGAAGCGGAAGUAGUGCGCAUGGCGUGCAACCUAUUUCAAGGUGGACCGGAAAGUUGUGGAGCUAUGACCACUGGAGGGACUGAGUCGAUUAUUAUGGCUGUGAAGGCUUUCCGCGAUUAUGCUCGUGAUGUGAAAGGAAUUACAAGGCCGAACAUUGUGGCGCCAGUGACGGCUCACGUCGCUUUUAAUAAGGCCGGCCUUUACUUUGGCGCCCACGUCCACUCGGUCAAACUGAAUCCAGAGACGUACACUGUCGAUAUUAAGGCAAUGGAACGAGCUAUCAACAGGAACACAAUCAUGUUAGUUGGAUCUGCACCCAAUUUCCCAUACGGAACCGUAGAUGAUAUUGAAGCAAUCGCCAAACUCGGAAAGAAAUACAACAUUCCUGUACACGUCGACGCCUGUCUAGGAGGUUUCCUAGUUGUGUUCAUGAAACGGGCUGGUUACACCUUGCGACCGUUUGAUUUUAGCGUUGAUGGUGUCACAAGCAUUUCAGCGGAUCCUCAUAAGUACGGAUAUACUCCAAAGGGGGCAUCCCUCGUUCUUUAUUCCGACAAGAAAUACCGUCGCUACCAAUACACCGUGACAACUGAUUGGCCAGGUGGUGUUUACGGAUCUCCUUCAGUGAAUGGAUCCAGAGCCGGAGGAAUUAUUGCUGCUUGUUGGGCCACCUUGUUGUCGUUUGGAUUAGAAGGUUAUGUGGAGGCUACCAAGAACAUAGUUGAUACCACGAAAUAUAUUGAGCAAGGAUUGCGAAAGAUCGAUAAUAUCUUUAUAUAUGGAACACCAGCGGUAAGCGUGGUUGGAAUUGGUUCGAAAAAAUUCGACAUUUACCGAUUGUCGCAAUUACUAGCAGAGCGGGGAUGGCAUUUGAAUGCCCUGCAGUUUCCUCCAGGAAUUCAUAUAUGUGUUACACGAUUACAUACUCAUGCUGGCGUGGCAGAUCGUUUUGUGAAUGAUGUUCGCGAAUGUGUUGCAGAAGUAAUGAAAGCUCCCACCGCACCUGCCGAGGGAAAGAUGGCAAUUUACGGCGUAGCACAGAGCGUCCCUGAUCGAUCAUUAGUCGAUGAGUUUACGAGGUUGUAUAUUGACUCGACGUACUACACUCCACCAGCGAAAUAAUUCCACUGCAUUGUUCCGCUCGUUUUUGUUACUGUUCAUAUUUGUAUAUGUGAUUUGUUGCUAAUAAUAUACAUACAUUGCAUUUCUGUGACUACCAUCAAAGUGAUCAUAAUGUUUCGUUAAUAAUCUUUCUAGAGAAACUACAUUCUGUUUUGUAUUCGAAAAUACAGUAAUUGAGUCUAUAAGAA